GUCCGUCCGCGCGUCCGUCCGUGCGGCCAUGGCCCGCGGGCUGUGAGGCGGCCGCGAAGAUGCUGUCGGCGCUGAAGAAGCUGGUGGGUUCGGAGGCGGGGGCGGGGCGGGAGCGGCCCAUCCCGGCCGGCCUCCAGUCGAUGAACCGGGCCCUGCAGAGGAGGUUCGCCAAGGGCGUCCAGUACAACAUGAAAAUCGUGAUCCGAGGAGACAGGAACACCGGAAAAACCACUCUGUGGCACCGACUCCAAGGAAAGGCGUUUAUCGAGGAGUACAUUCCCACUCAAGAGAUCCAGGUCACCAGUAUCCACUGGAACUAUAAAACCACCGACGAUAUCGUGAAGGUCGAAGUCUGGGACGUGGUCGACAAGGGGAAAUGCAAAAAACGAGGGGAUGGUUUGAAACUGGAGAACGAUCCGCAGGAGGCCGAGUCGGAGCUGGCCCUGGACGCGGAGUUCUUGGACGUGUACAAGAACUGUAACGGAGUCGUGAUGAUGUUCGAUAUCACCAAGCAGUGGACGUUCAACUACAUCCUGCGGGAGCUCCCCAAGGUGCCGACCCACGUCCCCGUCUGCGUGCUGGGCAACUACCGCGACAUGGGCGAGCAUCGCGUCAUCCUGCCCGACGACGUGCGGGAAUUCAUCCACAACCUGAACAGGCCUCCCGGUUCCUCUUACUUUCGCUAUGCUGAGUCUUCCAUGAAGAACAGUUUUGGCUUAAAAUACCUGCAUAAAUUCUUCAAUAUCCCAUUCUUGCAACUCCAGAGAGAGACCCUCCUCCGGCAGCUGGAAACGAACCAGUUGGACAUCGACGCCACGCUGGAAGAGCUUUCGGUGCAGCAGGAAACCGAGGACCAGAAUUACGAAAUUUUCCUGGAGAUGAUGGAAGCCCGCAGCCGAGGCCACGCCUCGCCCCCGGCCACCGACGGGCAGAGUCCGUCGUCGGGCUCUCAGUCCCCCACGGUGGCCCCGGGGUCGACGGGGAGCUCCGGCCCCAGCACGCCCCAGCCGGCCCCGCAGCAGCCGGCCGCCAACUGCACCGCCGCCCCCGGGCAUCCGCCCUCGGCAGCCGGGGCGCCCCCGGCGGAGGCCCAGCCCCCGGCCCCCCCACAGCGACGAGGCAUCAUUUCCAGGCUCUUCGGGAGCGCGCCGGCGUCGGAAGCGGCCCCCUCCCCUCCAGAGCCCGCUGUCCCCACAGAGAUCCCAGCCGGAGUUCAGAGCGUAGAGGAUUUCGUCCCUGAGGACAGCCUGGACCGGAGCUUUCUAGAAGACGUGGCCCCGCGGAAAGACGAGAAGAAGGGCAAAACCAAAGUUCAGCAUGAUAGCGACAGCGACGGAGAGGUCGGUGGAGGGAACCCGAUGGUGACUGGCUUCCAAGAUGACCCGGAUCUAGACGACAGGAUUCCCGGGCCACCCCCUCUGCCAACGGGUCCCGUCCCAAGUCAAAACGUGACCUUGUCGAGUGAGGACGAAGUUCAGGAGGAGGGGGGAGAGGCGCCCCGAGUCUCUGGCCCGGCCCCCGGAGAGAGCGUGGAGCCAGAGGCCACACGGUCUUCCAAAAAUCUCCGGAAACCAGAGGAAGCAGCGUGCACGAGAGCCCCCGAGCCCAGGCCCCCGGGAAGCGUCCCUCCCAGGUCGGGCGCCGCCGGGCCCCCGGGCCAGUCCCCGCCCGACUCCCCGGCUUCGGCCGGGGACCUCGGAGCCGGCUCCCGGACCCGGGGCCGCUCCCCGCAGCCCGAGGAGGGGGCGGACCCGAAGCCGCCGAGGCCCGAGGGGUCCGACAGCGAUCCGGAGGGGCCCAUCGCCGCCCAGAUGCUCUCCUUCGUCAUGGACGACCCCGACUUCGAAAGCGAGGAGUCGGACACCCAGAAGAAGAAAGGGGAUGAGUUUCCGGUCCGAGAAGAUCUCUCCGACGUUACGGACGAAGAGGUGGCCCCCGCCAAGCUCCCCGAGCCCCUGAAGCCCACGAUCCACUCCUUCAAACUGAAAAACGACUCCGACCUCUUCGGAUUGGGCGUCGAAGAGGCGGGUCCCAAAGAAAGCAGCGACGAAGAUAAGGAAGGCAAACUUCCCGCUAAGGAGAAGAAGAAGAAAAAGAAAAAGAACAAAGAGGAGGAGGAGAAGGCCGGGAAGAAGAAGAGCGGCAAGCCCAAGAAGACCAAGGACAGAGAGGAGGGCAGAGACGAGAGGAAGAGAAAGAAGAAGCGGAGCAAGGAGAAGAACGAGGAGACGGAUGAACUGGAGGCCUUCCUGGGCGGCGGGAGCAAGCAGCGAGGGGGCGGGGACUACGAGGAGCUCUAGGGUCCGGGCUUCCGGCGCCGGGCGCCCGAGGUCCGGCCGCGGCCGUCACCUCCGGCCCGCCGCCUGCCGGACACCCGUCGUAAACCUCCGGGCCGGGGGUGGGGAGGGGGGAGGCGCCCCGACGGGCAGGCCGAGGGGGACGACGGCCCGGGGCCGGGGACCCCCACCCAGGCGACGGCCCCUCCCUUCCUCCGGGGGUCCCGCUCGGGCCGAGGCCUCGGGGUGGUGCGGUGGGAGCGGGAGGAGACGGCCCCGCCUCCUCUUCCCACCCCGUGCC